GAAGGAUUAAGGAUUCUUACAGGUUUCCAAAUUCCAAAAAAAUAAAAAUUUCAUCAGCAACCAUCAGUCCUAUUCCAAAUCACCUUCGGAUUCAACACCGUCUUUCUACUUUUAAUCUCCACCCUCCGAUCAAAUCCACACACCUAUCACAAUCUCUUUCUUUAUAUACCCGAUCCUUUCGCUGCUAAGGAACGCUAAACACAUACCUACACACCUGCUUUCGCAUUCUACAGAGAGAAACGGGAGAGAGAGAGAUAACCAACAAUGGCGGCUGCAGUGAGCGCAUGGGCAAAACCAGGCGCAUGGGCACUCGAUUCCGAAGACCUCGAAGCUGAACUCCAACAACAAAAGCAAGAAGAGUCCUUCAUCGGAAAUCACCACUCUAACGGUGGUGACACGGCGGCGCUAGCCGACUUUCCCUCUCUCGCCACCGCUGCAUCCACCAAAGCGAAGAAAAAGAAGCCACAAACUUUGUCUCUUCAAGAAUUCUCCACUUAUGCCUCGGUUAAGCAGGCUCAGUCGAGCCAAGCCGGUUCGAAGGGCCUCACCGCCGAAGAUCUCAUGGUGCUUCCCACCGGUCCUCGCCAGAGAACCGCCGAGGAGCUCGACCGGUCCAAACUUGGCGGUGGAUUCAGAUCCUACGGUACGAAUGGUUACGGUUCGUAUGAUAGGUCGUCUUCUAGGGUUUCUUCGGAUGAGCCGCGUAGACAGGGAGGGUUUAAUUGGGAUUCCAACAGAGAAUUCGAACCUUCCCGUGCCGAUGAAAUUGAUGAUUGGGCAAAAGCGAAGAAAUCGACUGUAGGUAAUGGAUUUGAGAGGAGAGAGAGAGGAGAGAGAGGAGGGUUUUUCUCUGAUUCCCAGUCUCGGGCCGAUGAUUCGGAGAGUUGGGUUUCGAACAAGUCUUUUGUUCCAUCGGAGGGACGAAGAUUUUGUGCUACCGGUGGUGGUGGGGCUUCGGAUAAUUGGGGGAGGAAGAGAGAAGAGGAGGGACGAAGAUUUGGUGCUGCUAGUAGUGCUUUUGAUAGUAUCAGAGAGAGAAGAGGGGGUCAAGAAACGGCAUUGAAUGCAAAUUCGGACAAUUGGGGAAAGAAGAGAGAGGAAGGAAGCGGUGGUACGCGGCCAAGGCUGAAUUUGCAGCCGCGGAGUUUGCCGGUAGGUGAUGGGCAACAAAUUGGGACGGAAAGUGUAAUGAAACCCAAGGGUUCGAACCCGUUUGGAGAUGCGAGGCCGAGAGAGGAGGUUUUGAAGGAAAAGGGGAAAGAUUGGAAGGAAACUGAAGAGAAGCUAGAGUCCAUGAAGAUAAAGGAUGGGGGUUUAACUGAUGGACAGUCGUUUGGGAAAAGGUCUUUCGGGAGUGGUAGUGGGAGGCUCAGCUCGCCGGAAGAUAGGACUGAGAAGAGCUGGAGGAAGACUGAUUCGGUUGAUGUUCGUCCCCAAAGUGCUGAGAAUAUUGAAAGUGGACUUCCCGACGAAGCUGAAAAUUAAGGGGCAAAGGAGCAUUUUGUUGGAAAGUUUAGGGUGAUGGGUUAAUGGGAUACUGUUUUCUUUGUUUUAUUCUUAUUUUUUUAUGUUCCAAUUGUGGAUGUUACGGAGAGGCUAAGCAUGAAAUACAAUUUUGAUAGACUUGUUGGUAGAACUAUUUAAGGCCUGCAUGGUUCUUUCUUGUGUGUUUCAUAGUUUAGAAUUUAUAAUUUUAGUUCGUUAUUAUUUUUAUUGUUUAUUGUCCUCUUCAACUUUGUAAUCUUGGGUUGAACACGAUUGCGGAUUUGGAAGUUUUAUUUGUGUGAACAAUUAUAUAUUUGAGAC